GGAAGCUCACUGGCUCUCAUUCUCCACCCUGGCUGCUUUAGGCAGAACACACCCUUCCAGCCCAACCUUAAAUCUGCUUUUGCUGGAUCCCUAAGGAAACUUUUGCAGAAGGGAAAGGAAUUUCUGGAUUAUAUAAAAGGCUAAUUUCUGACUUUUCCCAAAUAUCCUGGGUUGGUGGCGUAAGGAUUCUUGGUUUCCAGCUACCCCUGUCAUAACCCCUUUUAGGAAGUAGCAAGAGAGAGGAGCACAGUAUUACCCAGUGCAUGUGAGUGGUACAAUACCCCACACUGGAAUCCCCCUCCAAAGUACCGCUCUGGGCCCAGGCAGAGAAUAUCUCAUUGCAGAUCACUUCACCAGGCAAAUAGGAUGGAAGAGCUCAUAUGGGAACAGUACACAGUGACCUUGCAAAAGGAUAGCAAAAAAGGCUUUGGUAUUGCUGUCUCUGGAGGGAAAGACAACCCACACUUUGAAAAUGGUGAGCCUUCUAUUGUCAUCUCAGACGUUCUGCCUGGUGGACCAGCUGAUGGAUACCUACAAGAAAAUGACCGCGUGGUCAUGGUCAAUGGAACACCUAUGGACAACGUGCUCCAUUCAUUUGCUGUACAGCAGUUAAGGAAAUGCGGGAAAACAGCUGUAAUCGUGGUGAAAAGGCCCCGCAAGGUUCAGAUCACUGCAUUAAGACAUACACCCUCUCCAGAACCAGACCCUAGAGGAUUUGACCAAUUUGAUGAUGAGUCGUACAUUGACCACAGGAGUAUACACAGCGGUUACAGUGAAGGUGGCAAUGGUCGUCGUAGCAGAGAUUCAAGCCCAGACAGAGGCUAUAGUAGAGACCAGGAAAGAGGCCGCUCUUAUGACCGGGAUCCAGAUAGGACUCGAGGGAGAAGCCGGGAGAGGCACCUAGAUGAUGAACAAGAAUACAGAAGAGCAAACAGCCGGGGCAGGAGUAUCGAUCGUGAUCACAGUGAAGAGCGUAGAUACGGAAGAGACCGUGGCAGGAGCGUGGACCGAGAGGAGUCGUUUGAGCGUAGCUACAGUGGAGACUACAGCCCUGACAGGGGCGUUGGCCGGAGGCCUCAAUCUGACAUUAGAAUUGAAAAGGAUACGCAGCUGAGCCGUAGUCGGGACCGGCUUCAGUCCUACAGCCCCCCACCUGAACCACACCGAUCUUUUACGCCCCCACACAGGGCACAGGAGAAGCCCAUCAGUGUACUACUGAGUAAAAACAAGCCUAGUGAAGAGUAUGGUUUGCGGCUUGGAAGCCAAAUCUUCAUAAAAGAAAUGACAGACACUGGGCUGGCGAUGCGAGAUGGCAACUUGUAUGAGGGGGAUAUUGUUCUCAAAAUCAAUGGAACUGUUACAGAAAAUAUGUCUCUAGCGGAUGCCCGGAAGUUAAUUGAGAAAUCCAGAGGGAAACUGCAGAUGGUGGUGCAGAGAGACUCCAAGCAAACUUUGAUUAAUAUCCCUUCACUGCACGAUAGUGACUCUGACAUUGGAGAUAUUUCGGAGAUAGAAUCCAAUCGGUCCUUAUCACCUGUAGAUGACCGGAGAUUGCAUCCUUCAGAUUCCCAUUCAUCCAGUGAAAAGCUAAAAGAGGAAAGCACGAAACAGGAUCCACCCAACAGGCUGUCUAAAAUUGGUGCCAUUCCUACUCCCUUCAAAUUAAUGAAUACAUCUGAAGUGCCUGCUCCUGUCUCCAUCAGCCCCGCAACUACAGAUUCCGGCAGGGAUAAGACCUAUUUUGAUGAAGAACCAGAACUACCUGUCGCUGCUCCCAGAGUUUUUCUGCGUCCAAGUCCUGAAGAUGAAGAAAUAUAUGGACCCAAUACAAAAAUGAUCACAUUCCGAAAAGGAGACAGUGUGGGUAUGCGUCUGGCUGGUGGGAAUGACGUGGGAAUAUUUAUUGCCGGUGUCCAGGAGGGCAGUGCUGCCGAGCAUGAGGGGUUACAAGAGGGUGAUCAACUGUUGAAGGUGAACAAUCAGGACUUCCGGUGCAUUGCGCGAGAAGACGCUGUUCUUUACCUACUGGACAUUCCAAAAGGAGACGAAGUAACCAUUCUGACCCAAAGCAAAUAUGAUGUGUACAAAAACAUACUUGCCUGUGGCCGGGGUGAUUCAUUCUUCAUAAGGACCCAUUUUGAAUAUGAAAAAGAAGCUCCCCAAUUCCUUUCGUUCACAAGAGGCGAAAUAUUCCGAGUAGUCGAUACGCUUUAUGAUGGGAAGCUAGGCAGCUGGCUGGCUGUAAGGAUUGCCAAUGAACUGGAAAAAGGAAUUAUUCCAAGCAAAAGCAGGGCCGACCAGCUGGCUAGUGUCCAAAAUGCCCAGAGAGGACAGGGUGGGGACAGGGCAGAUUUUUGGAAGAAUCGAGCCCAAAGAGCUGGGGCUAAAAAGAAUGCAAAGAAAAGUCGAGAUGAUCUGUCUUCAAUUGCAGUUGUCGGCACUAAAUUUCCAUCGUAUGAGAGGGUGAUGCUAAGAGAAGCUGGAUUUAAGAGGCCUGUUGUCGUGUUUGGUCCUAUCGCGGAUGUGGCGAUGGAGAAGUUGGCGAAUGACCUGCCAAAUCUAUAUCAGAUUGCCAAAACAGAGCCUAAGGAUGCUGGAGCUGAGAAAUCCAGUGGCGUGGUACGGUUAAACACCGUCAGACAAAUCAUUGAACAGGAUAAACACGCACUGCUAGAUGUGACUCCUAAAGCUGUGGACCUUUUAAACUACACACAGUGGUUCCCUAUAGUUGUACUGUUUGUCCCAGACAGCAAACAGGGCAUUAAAACCAUGAGGCAGAGAUUGUGUCCAACAUCUAACAAAAGCUCAAGAAAGCUGUAUGACCAGGCAAAUAAGCUGAAGAAGACCUGUCCUCAUCUUAUUACAGCCUUUAUUAACUUGAAUUCAACCAAUGAGAGCUGGUAUGGAAGUCUAAAAGAUACCGUUAAAGAGCAGCAGACACAGGCCGUCUGGGUUUCGGAAGGAAAGGCGGAUGGAACGGAUGAAGAGGAAGACAGGAUGUCCUACCUUACAGCAAUGGGAGCGGAUUACCUGAGCUGUGAUAGCCGUUUAAUCAGUGACUUUGAGGACACAGAUGGUGAGGGUGGAGCGUAUACCGACAAUGAGCUGGAUGAACCUGCUGAUGAUCCAAUACCGGUUUCUGCCAUUAGCCGAUCUUCUGAACCAGUCCAUCCAGAAGAGUCUAUAAUAAAGCCGGUCCCAGAGGCUAGAGGUCAGAUGAGGAAAGCUGGCAGCAGAGAGGUCCUACGAGAGCCCAGUCCACCCCCAUCGUUUAAACCUGAACCACCAAAGACCAAGCCACAAGGCAUGGAUGAAAUAUACGACUCUCCUCGCAGCUACGAUGCCAAGAGAAGUAGCUCCAGUGUAGCGAGCAGCGAAGCAUCAGGAGGGGUGAUCAAGGCAGUCCCACCUCCUACUGCUGCCAAGCCUGUGUUGGCCACAAAGCCCAUCCUGAAGCCAUCAAUACCUGUAAACCCAUCUCCACCAGAAGAGCAGAAUGAUGAUGAGACGAAUGCCCCCAAGUCGGUUUUGGGCAAAGUGAAAAUAUUUGAGAAAAUGGACCACAGCGCAAGAGCGCAGAGGUUACAAGAGCUGCACGAGGCACAAAACGCAAGGCUGGAGCUGGCCCAGAAGCUACCAGACAUUUAUGCUGUACCAAUAAAGCCACAGAAGAAUGAACAGAACCGACCCCAGCCAACAAGCUCUCGUGCUCCAGAGCCUCAGAAACCACCUUCUUGGUCGUACUUGGAGAAAAGAGAAAGUUAUGGAAGCGAUAAUGAGGAAGAGGAGUAUCGACGUCAGCUGGCUGACCAGUCAAAGCGUGGGUUUUACGCACAACCUUCGAAAUACAGAGACACGGAGCUGUGAGCUUCUGCACAAGACACUGUUUAAUGCUACUGCGAUCUAAUAAUGUACAGGUUUUUUUUUUACGGUGAAUAUAGACUUUGUGUAACCUACUGUAGCUGAGGAUGUACUUCUGUGUUAAGUUACUAUGCCGAACUGGAAAGUCAGACUUAUCAGGAAGGUACGAUGGCUGUUAUGUGCACAGGGUAAGGCUUGCUACUGGAAAGUUCAUCAAAUGUCGUGCUUUUGUGUUAGCAAUUUUUGUGUUGCUUUGGAUUCCCUAUAUUGAAUUCACAACCCACACAACUUGUCGGGUUAUUAGUGGCACAGAGACUCCAUGCGUUACAACUACAUUCCAGAACAAAGUGUUUUACAAAGUGCCUUUGUGCAAAAACUGUUUUACUCACACCGAAAAUGCAUAUGGCAGUUCCCAUCAGGAGAAUCAAUUCCAAAAUAUGACUGACCACGGCAGUGGAUUGAUUUGUUUUUUCCCCUAUCUCAUGUUAAAAAUGUCUUUUUUGCAUAAUGUGUAUUUCACAGAUAAAAGCCACCAAAUUAGAAUCCGUUCAGUAUUUUAGUAUCUGAGACUACUUUGGAAAAUCUGGAAUAGGCAAAACUUGGAUGGUGGUGGAUCUUAACACCCUCCAAAUCAUCUAAUCAUUGAACUGCUGUGAGGAGACAGCUCCUCAUGGCUGUUGCAAAGACAAGCUUGUAAAGAUGUGCUCGUUUGAUAUUGAAUGGGUUUAUUACGGUUAAUAAUAAACUGAAAAAGAGAAAAA